UGCCUCGUUGUAUUAUUUCAUUUACUCCAAAGACUCUGUGUUUAUUCUUCGCAGCUUUUCGCAGAGAGAUCCAAAGAACAUGAGAAAUAUGGAGGAGAUCCAGACCAACCACAUAAACUGCACAUAGUGACACGAGUGAAAAGUGUAAUGAGAAGGCCGUACUGGGAGAAAGAAAUGGUGAAAAGCCUUGGGCUUGACAAGGCACAUGUACCUGUGAUUCACAAAAACACACCUGCAGUCAACAGCCAACUGAAAUUUGUCAAACAUCUUGUAAGGAUCCAGCCGCUGAAGACUCCCUAUGGACUCCCCGCUGAAGAGGACAUGGCCGACACCUACAUCAACAGCAAAGGAGAGCUGAUUGUUCGACGUCUUCUUCAACCCGUCGAACCAAAAGCUAUCGAAUCUUAGCUUUGCUUUCAAUCGUGUGUUAUUAUUUCAAUGUUCAUAAAAUAUCAUGGAAAAUCAUCUACUCCCUUGUUUUCUGUUCUGAUUUUACUAAACUGAAUGAGAGCUACAA